UGCAACGAGCCGAGCGGUCGGGCGGGCUGUCGUUUGAAGCAAUCUGAAGGAAACUAUCAGCAGCGCUCGGCCAGUGGGUGGAAAAUGAUUCCCAAGAGCUGUGGCAUGGAGGGCAGGAAUGGUGUUGCUAUAUAUAGUUUCAAGAGUAAAGGGGAACAGCAGUUAUCUCUGCAGCUUGGUGAUGUUGUCCAUAUAGAGGCGUCUUAUGAUGGUUGGUACAAAGGAUAUCUGAUAAGGAACAAAUCACAGAUGGGAAUAUUUCCUGCAUCUUUCAUCCAUGUCAAGGAAGCUAUUUCUGAGAAAAAAGGACAUCAGGAUAGUGUUUCAUCUGCAGAAAUUCCCCUGGUGCAAGAAGUCACUACAACACUGCGGGAAUGGGGUAGCAUUUGGAAACAACUCUAUGUGAAAACAAAGCAAGACAAAUUCUAUCAGGUUCAGUCGAUGAUGUAUGACUUAAUGGAAUGGAGGUCCCAGCUUCUUUCUGGCACUUUACCCAAAGAUGAACUCAAAGAGCUGAAACAGAAAAUAACCUCAAAAAUUGAUUAUGGCAACAAGAUAUUGGAACUAGACUUGGUUGUCAGGGAUGAAGAUGGCAAUAUUCUGGAUCCAGAUAAAACCAGUGUUAUAAGCCUGUUUCACGCUCAUGAAGAAGCCACUAAUAAAAUUAAUGAACGCAUCAAAGAAGAAAUGUCUAAGGCACAGAUCGAUUUUGGUGUGUCUUCUAAAAUAUCUUCCUCCCCUACACAUAGUCUGUAUGUGUUUGUACGGAACUUUGUCUGCAGAAUUGGAGAAGAUUCUGAGCUCUUCAUGUCACUAUAUGAUCCCCAAAAGCAAACAAUAAUAAGUGAGAAUUACUUGGUGAGAUGGGGAAGUAAAGGUUUUCCAAAGGAAAUAGAUAUGCUGAACAAUUUAAAAGUGGUUUUCACAGAUUUGGGAAAUAAGGAUCUUAACAGGGAAAAAAUCUAUUUGAUUUGCCAAAUUAUCCGUAUUGGAAAAAUGGAUCUUAAAGAAGGAAACCAGAAGAAAUGCACCCAAGGUCUGAGACGACCAUUUGGAGUGGCAGUCAUGGAUAUAACAGAGAUCAUUAAAGGAAAAGUGGAAAGUGAUGAAGAUAAACAGUACUUCAUUCCAUUCUACCCAGCUGUAGCAGAGAAUGAUUUUUUGCAUAGUCUUUUGAACAAAGCUGCAGUAGCCAGAAUAGACAGUGGUGGCCAAGGUCUUUGGGUCACCAUGAAAAUGCUGGUUGGAGAUAUAACUCAGAUAAGGAAGGACUACCCUCAUCUUGUUGAUAGAACUACAGUUGUUGCCAGGAAACUAGGAUUUCCAGAAAUUAUCAUGCCAGGUGAUGUGAGGAAUGAUAUCUACAUCACGUUGAUGUAUGGAGACUUUGAUAAGUAUAACAAAACAUCUCAAAAGAAUGUGGAGGUCAUCAUGUGCGUCUGUGAUGAAGAAGGAAAAGUUGUUCCAAGUUCUAUUUGUUUAGGAGCAGGUGACAAACCCGUGGGCGAGUACCGAUCUGUUUUAUACUACCAAAUUAAACAGCCUCGAUGGAUGGAGACAGUAAAGGUGGCAGUUCCCAUUGAAGAAAUGCAGAGAAUACACCUCCGAUUCGUGUUCCGACAUCGUUCGUCUCAAGAAUCUAAAGACAAGAGUGAAAAGAAUUUUGCCAUGGCAUAUGUAAAGCUGAUGAAAGAUGAUGGUACAACACUGCAAGAUGGAACCCAUGAUUUGCUGGUAUUUAAGGGUGACAGCAAGAAAAUGGAAGAGUCACAAACCUAUAUGCAGUUGCCUUCUUUAAGGCAGCAGGUAGAUAAUAAAGGCGCCACACUGAGUCGGAGCAACAACAGCAUUGGAGGGUUGUCUGUUUCUCGGGAUUCUUUUACUAUUUACACUCUGGUUUGUUCUACCAAACUUACUCAAAAUGUGGGUCUUCUAGGAUUACUGAAAUGGCGCACAAAACCAGAAUAUUUGCAAGAAAAUCUGGAAAAACUAAAGAUUGUAGAUGGGGAAGAGGUUGUUAAGUUUCUUCAAGACACACUGGAUGCUUUAUUUAAUAUAAUGAUGGAAUACUCCGAUACGGACAGAUAUGACAUUCUUGUGUUUGAUGCACUGAUCUACAUAAUUGGAUUGAUUGCAGACAGGAAGUUUCAGCACUUCAACACUGUACUUGAAGCCUAUAUCAAACUGCACUUCAGUGCAACUCUGGCUUAUAAGAAACUGAUGCAAGUUCUGAGGAAUUAUUUGGAUAUUUCUAGUAGAGGUGAACAAUGUGAACCAAUUCUGAGGACUCUAAAAGCUUUGGAGUAUGUGUUCAAGUUUAUCGUACGCUCAAGAAAAUUAUUUGGACAGCUAUAUGAAGGCAAGGAGCAAACUGAAUUUGAAGAAUCCCUAAGAAGACUGUUUGAAUCCAUUAACAACCUGAUGAAAAGUCAGCACAGGACAGCAAUUCUGCUGCAGGUUGCUGCUUUGAAAUACCUACCAUCUGUUCUGCAGGAUGUGGAAACAGUGUUUGAUGCAAGAUUACUGAGUCAGCUGCUUUUUGAAUUCUUUAACUGCAUACCACCGGAUAAGCUGCAGAAGCAAAAAGUACAGUCGAUGACCGAGAUUGUUCGUAGCAACCUUUUCAAAAAACAAGAAUGUCGAGAUAUUCUUCUGCCCAUGAUGACAAAAGAGCUCAAGGCCCUCCUGGAGAACAGGGAUGACCAACAGCAGGACAAAUUGUCUGUUGAUUUACUGAAUAACAUCUUGGAAGUAUUAAGCAGCCCAUUAGUGGGGUCUACAUACUAUCAUAUACAGGAAAUAAUUGUGAGUCUCCUCAGGACAGUGAACAGGACUGUCAUUUCACUGGGAAGAAAUAGCAACGUAACUAGUCAUUUUGUGGCUUGUAUGACAGCUAUUCUGAAUCAAAUGGAUGACCAGCAUUAUUCCUAUUACAUUGACACCUUUCAGACAAGUUCAGAUCUGCUGGACUUCUUGAUGGAGACUUUUAUUAUGUUUAAAGACUUGAUUGGGAAGAAUGUUUACCCACCAGACUGGAUGACAAUGAGCAUGGUGCAAAACAGGGUAUUCUUGAGAGCCAUCAGCAAGUUUGCAGAAACCAUGAACCAGAAGUUUUUGGAGAACAGGAAUUUUGAAGUUCAGUUGUGGAACAAUUAUUUCCACCUGGCAGUGGCAUUCAUUAUCCAGGAAUCUCUACAGCUUGAAAACUUCUCUCAAGUGAAAAGAAAUAAAAUAACCAACAAAUAUCGUGACAUGAGAUGUUCCAUUGGUUUUGCUAUCCGAGAUAUGUGGUAUAAACUUGGUCAGAACAAGAUCUGUUUUAUCCCGGGAAUGGUUGGACCAAUUCUGGAAAUGACUCUCAUUCCUGAGGUAGAGCUACGAGAAGGCACAAUUCCCAUCUUCUUUGAUAUGAUGCUAUGUGAAUAUCAAAAGACUGGUGAUUUUAAAAAGUUUGAAAAUGAAAUCAUCUUGAAACUGGACCAUGAAGUUGAAGGAGGGCGAGGAGAUGAACAGUACAUGCAGCUGUUUGAAUCAAUACUCCUGAAGUGUGCUGCUAAUCAUCCUGAGAUUUCCAAGCCACUAGAGUACUUUGUCAGCCUUGUCAAGCGACUGUUGGAGAGACUCUUGGACUACAGAACAGUCAUCGGUGAUGAAAGCAAGGGGAACCGAAUGAGCUGCACUGUGAACCUCCUGAAUUUCUACAAAGACAUUAACCGAGAGGCGAUGUAUAUAAGAUACCUUUAUAAACUUCGUGAUCUUCACCUAGAAAGUGACAAUUACACUGAAGCUGCAUACACUCUACUGCUCCACACCCGGUUAUUAAAGUGGUCUGAAGAGCAGUGCCCUUCCCAUAUCAUUCAGAAUGAAGUGCAGUCACAGACACAGCGCCAGCAGAAGGAACAUUUGUAUGAAACGAUUCUCGAAUACUUUGACAAGGGCAAGAUGUGGGAAGAGGCUAUUGCAUUGUGCAAAGAACUGGUACAGCAGUAUGAAGAAGAGGUUUUUGACUAUGAUGCUUUAAGCCAGAAACUGAAACAACAAGCUGAAUUCUAUGAAAAAAUAAUGAAAAUUCUUAGACUGAAACCUGACUACUUUGCAGUAGGAUAUUAUGGUCAAGGUUUCCCAACUUUCCUCCGGAAUAAAGUAUUUAUUUAUCGUGGAAAAGAGUAUGAAAGGAGAGAAGAUUUCCAAACACAAGUAAUGAGCCAAUUCCCUUAUUCUGAAAAACUGAAUACUACCUCAGCACCAGGAGAUGACAUUAAAAACUCCCCAGGGCAGUAUAUCCAGUGCUUUACUGUACAGCCAGUGCUUGAAGAACAUUCUCGAUUCAGAAAUAAGCCCGUUCCUGAUCAGAUCAUAAACUUCUUCAAAGCCAAUCAUGUGAAGACGUUUCAGUACUCACGGCCAGUAAGAAAAGGGUCAGCUGAUCCUGAAAAUGAAUUUGCAUCCAUGUGGAUUGAGAGAACAACCUUUAUUACUGCGUAUAAGCUUCCUGGAAUUUUACGUUGGUUUGAAGUGGUUAACACAUUUCAGAGUAGCAUUAGCCCGCUGGAGAAUGCCAUUGAGACCAUGUCAACGACAAACGAGAAGAUCCUGACCAUGAUUAGCCAAUACCAAAGUGAUGAGCACCUGCCCAUCAACCCACUGUCCAUGCUGCUGAAUGGAAUCGUGGAUCCUGCUGUCAUGGGAGGCUUCACUAAUUAUGAAAAGGCAUUUUUUACUGAUGAUUAUGUACGACAACAUCCAGAAGACCAGGAGAAACUGUGUAAAAUUAAGGACCUUAUUGCCUGGCAGAUACCUUUACUUGGAACUGGAAUCAAACUUCAUGCAAAAAGAGUUACUGAAGAUCUAAGGCCUUUCCACGAUCGUAUGGAAGAGUGCUUCAAGCAAUUGAAAGCCAAAGUAGAGAAACAGUAUGGAGUAAGAGAGAUGCCAGAGUUUGAUGAUAGAAGGGCAAGUCGACCCCGAUCCAUGCUUAGAUCCUAUCGCCAAAUGUCCAUUAUCUCCACAUCGUCUAUGAACUCAGAGUGUAACACUCCAACCAAGCAAGUUCCUGCUACCAGCUCUAUUGCAGAAGAACUAGUACCACCCAAGGUACCAAGAAAGGCUGUCUCAGAGUCUGAAGAAAUUGCACAGAAUCCAAUCCUGGAUGGAAUAGUUACACUGAGGAAGAUCAAAAAGAAGUACAAGAGAAGCAGUGUUGUAUUUGCAGAUGAGAAAACCACAAAUGAAUUUGGCAUCGAUCCCAAAGGUCAAAGGCUAUCCAGAAAAUCAGCAUUUAUGAGUGAUACAAACAUUCCAGACCAUAGCAACCCACCCAUACUCAAACAAAUGAGCUUCGCAAGUCGAUCAUUGCCAGCUAUACCAGCUGGAACACUAACAGUGGUAAAUGGUCCUGGCCUUGAUAUUCACAGUAUACCCCCGAGGCAAAUGCAGGCUGUCUUUCCAAAUGAUUUUGAUGAAAAAGAAGGAGAAAAGAAGUCAAGAAGGAAAUCAAAUCAAUUUUUUAAAACACUGCGUGUUCCUAAAUCACAAGAAGAAGGAAAACAAGUGACUGACCAGUAGCCAAAUUCCUUCCGUGCCAUUCAGAUGUAAUGAACAGCAAACUACAAAGGCCUUUCUUCUCAGACAUUGAAGACAGAGAUCCUAAAUUGACUAUCUCUACAGUACUUUUGUACCAUAGUAGUUUUAUUUUCACUCUCAAUCAAAUGAUCACUCAGUAGUAACACAGCUUUGGACUGGAUUUUUUUUUUAUUUUAUUGUAUGUUUUAAUUUAAUUGUUAUAGGCUUUAGGGAUCUUUCUUCAAAUUGUUCCAUAUUUAUGUCAAGUUACAAAUAUAAAGCUGAUAUUUGGGUGAGCACCUUUUUUCAAGACACCAAAGAAGAGAUGUGAAGUCAAACAAUGUAUAGUUAACAAGCUAUGUGACCAGGAGUUCCUAAUGUGUCACACUGAGGAAAAUGUCAUAGCAUUGUAGUAGUUUUGAACUGUUUCAGUCAGAAAAAUCACUGACCGUUUUCAGUAGUAUUUAUAUCUGUUUUGUAAAUAUUUCCACAUUCUGAAAGAACAAGGAUCCCUUCACAGAGUUUGUGAAUUCACCAAAGCACCUUUAAUCAAAAACAAAAUAUGGAGAUUCAUGCUGCAGUUGCUGCAGUCUUUCAAACCUGAAGGAAGAUGUAUAUCAUGGUCUGAGGGACCGUGGCUGCCCAUUAGGGAAAGGGCAUCAUUUACUACACAGAACAUUUAAUUACAAGCUUUGUAUCAGUAGAUACAUAACUAGAUCACCUUGACUAUCCUCCUUAUCCCAGCUCUCAUUAGGUGUCACCUCACAUCCAUUAAAUUGCAUCUCCUGUAACACUCCAUUCUAGACAUGUUGAUUCUUACCCUGGGUAGUGUUAGUUUAUAGAAAACAGUAGUACAGGAAAAUAUGUUUAUUGAGUUUUGUUGAAUUUUCUUCUGCACUCAUGGCCAAUUGGUUUAAUUACUGCAUUUGUGUAGGUAUAUCCUCUUAUCUGCAGUGAAACACUCACACACAGUAUAUAUUUCUCUUGGAUUAUGUAGUUUGUUACAUCUGCUUGACAUUCUCACAGUAUUUAGACAUGUGCCAAAAUCAUUUUGCACAUUAGGCCAACUUGUUUCAGUCUAAAGGUUAGAGGUUGGUGUUUUUGUUCAAAACAGAAAAUACGAUUAGUGUUUUGUUCUAGAGUUAUCAGGUGCUUCACAAUGAUGUUAUACAAUAGCAUGACAUUGUUAAGGUUAUAUUAUAACUUUCACACUUGUGUGACAAAUACCAGUCCUUAUAUUCUAUGCAAUAUGUAACCCCCAUCCCAAAAAAUAAGUACAGUUGAACAGCAGAAAAUGAUACUGACACAUAAUUAAUUCUGGGUGAUUUGAUCAGCAUACUUAUCUGAUUAUAAAAAAGAAUAAAUAGAACUGUAUUUAUUUAUUAAGUUUUGUGCAAGGGUGGCAGCGGCAACAAGAUCCUUCAGCUCUUGGCAUUGAAUAAGAAGAUGAGAAUUAGACUUGGUGGUGGGAUGGUCCAUCAUAGUCAGAGUGGGUGUAGUAUUUUAUACAGCUUUCUGCAUACACUUUUUUGUACUGUGUAGCCAAAGUCUAAAGUAAAUGAAUAACAGGUACUGCAGUCAUUCGUAUUGUUUUGUUGGUUAUAUUGCCCUUCCCUAGCAGUUGUGACUGAGAAUUAUCUUAGUGAGGUAUGCAGUGAUGGCCAAAGUUGGACUGAGCAUGUACUGCUUCUGUGUGCACUCACCUUACACGUGUCUUCUCCACUUGAUCAUUUCUCCCCACUUGCUGACUCUCUGAACAGUCACACCAAUAUUACAGUCUGCAUUUUCAGUGAAAUAGUGCAGUACAACAUAAACUAUAUCAGCGACAUUUGUCUUCUUACAGAUCAAAUUGAAAUUCAUCUUUUUAAAAGAGAACAAAAAAUGCUAUUUCCUCGCAUCCCACAUUGAGGCGAAUGCAAGCCUCUGGAGUAUUACCUUUUUCACAUCACACACAAACUUUUUAACUUGAAUAAAUCCAGGUACUUCCUGUUUUCGCUUGACCUGAAUUUUUCCAUACACAUGCUGGUACUGGAUGUGCUGCUUAUCUGUCAGCCAGUAAUAAACUCAGAUUAAUUGCUUAUAUACUAAGCUAUGUGAUAUAGCUACAGAACUGGUCAUCUCAAGACAAUUCCUAAUCACAGUGUUACUCCAGUUAGGAACAUAGCCUCAUUCUCAAAUAAAGCUGUAAUUCUAAGCUACCACACGUUGUCUUGGAAAGACUCCUGUGUAUGCAGUUAGUGUCAGUUUGAGUUUUCCUAGCUGUGAAGCAUGCAGUUCACAGGGAUGUAGAAUGAAUCCAUGAUAAUUCAGAAUUAAAACAGUGCAAGUUCAUUUAUUACUGUUGUUUGUGAUUAAACCACUGUGAUUGUACUGUGUAUGCUUCAUGUCUCUGAACUGCUAUGAUUCAGGCAUAGCACUAUGAUUUUGGCACUCAGAUAUAGCCUUGCUCCUCCUAGAUUUACUGAUGUUCCUCAUAAUGUCAGAUCUUGUUAAUGAAUACAUACUUUAUUAAAAAAUAAACUAAGCCUAUACAAAGGUUUGCUAUCUGUGGCCUAGUAUAUAAAGAUCUUCUACUGGGAAGAGUAACAAAAUGUUCAUCUUUCUGACCCUCUGCUAUGACUUUUAAAGGCCAGCGCAGUGAUUUUUAAUGCUUGUAGGUUGAGAGGUGUGGUUGGUCUAUGUGUAGUUCCUACUGGGGCACACCAUUUUUUUUCCUUAUUCAGAACUGUGAUUUGGAAUUGUUUGUAACAGCCAGUAAUGCAGUCACUGUACCACUCUUGUGAAUGACUGUUUUUUGGCGCAGUUAGUGAUGCAGGGUGUUUGAUUUAAACAGGCAGAAACACCACCUUGCAUCAGGAACCUCCUUCCAGAAUAUGUUUGUCAGUUGUUCACAAAUGGCCCUAAAUUAUAAUCAUUUUAAAAAAAUCAGAGAUCAUGGUGGCUGCUUGGCAUACUAGUGGCAUUUCCUUUUACAGGUCUUGUGACUCGAGCUCUGAGACAGAUCUAGGAUGUUUUGGGGUCAUACUAUAGAUGAAGCAGAAGCUGCACUUGAAGUGAUGUCUAGUUCCACAGUGAAAAACAACAAUGAAGUUCAGUGAUGAAAUAACCUCUGUAGAAGGCAAAGAUACAAUGAAAAAGUUGGGGACAACUGAAGGGUGCCUUGAACUGGCUUCCAUACACAAAGAGACAGUAGGUUCAUAAGUAAGUACUAAGCUAGCUGUCCUUAUGGGCCAUUUUAAGCCUAGUCAAUUUCCCUUUUAAAAGUGAGAAUUAAACCCUGUACCUUGUGUCUGUAAGGUACACACUUUCACCAUCUCCCCAGCCAACAACCCCAAUGCAACAAGUAUUGCAUCGCUGUUUAUGGAUACUGUCAUGACAGGAAAACAUAGAAUGAAAAAAGACAGGGAAAGAGACACAGAGCUAAAAAAAACAAUAAUUAUGCCUAUCAUCAUAAUUAGAUGCAAUAGUAUAUGUAUAAAAGAUGUGUAUAGUCAUAACAAUUCUUUAUUUGUAAUAAUGUGAAUCUCCAUUUAUUAAACUCAAUUAAACCUCCUAGUUAAUGGCAUUUAAUCAGAAACAUUUUCCAGCUGUACAUAUGUUUUAUAAAUCAGAAAUAAAAGAAUUUCAGUAAAGAUAGUUGAUGUUUUUCCUUGUGUGUCUACUGAAUGUAUAAUUUUUACCCAUUAGUCUAUAUCUUUGCCCUUCUGUAAGGAUAUUGCUCUAUGUAAUGAAAUGACUGCUGAUGACUUGUAAUUGUUUUGCACAUCCCAUAACAUCCUUUUGUCUCUGACUGUCAUGUCAAAGUAUUUAAAUAAAUAAAUUAGUGUAGCUGGUAUAAGACAGAGACUUUGGACUGACAGUAUAAGAUUUCUGUUUAAAUCUCACAUUAAUGGGCAUGUAUUUAAGCUGCAUAAUUGCACUUGUCUCUUAAUUCAGUCUGUUUAAAGCACUAGUAAUGUAAGAUUUAAGGUAUUCAUUUUUUAAAAUAAACUAUUCUUAUCAACUUUA